AUGAAAUUUAUUCCAUUCCAGUGCUCUGAGACCACGUACCGGAAAAGAAAAACUAGGGAUGACGAAGAUAAUUCCGUGAUUGUUGAAACUGAAAAUCAAGAAGAAGAUGAUUACUAUAACGUUGAACCUGAAAUUCAAGAAGACCAGUUCCUAACAGUGACAGGACGACGCAAUAAAGUGUACGAAUGUUGUGAAAAAACAGCAGCCGCAUCGAUGCAAGAUGCUGCAGAAGAAGAAAAGAAAUUGGCUAUCGCAGAAGGUCGCACCAAAAAUGGCAUACCAGUAAUUGAUGUUUACGUGGACGCUUUUUGGUGUGCAAGAUUGUAUGGAUCGAAUUAUAAAGCUGCAUCUGAUACUGCAGCAAUUAUCGGUAGAAAAACAGAAGAGGGAUUAGUUGAAGUUGUGGAAAGGAAAAGAGAAGAGGCCCAGAAAAGAAAAAACAACUCUGAACGUCCAGCUAAAAGGAAAAUCAGGAAAUUGGCAGACACUAAAAAAAAAAAACAAAAUGACUAUGGCCCCGCUAGUUUAGACCCAGAUAUGACCCUGUCUGGACUAUAA